GCUCCGGGAUCGUUGUCGCUCUUCUGCGUUAGUUCAUCUGGCGACGAGGGUGGGACAGGACCACCGUGACCUGGCCUGCUAGACCAUCAACGACGAUGCGGCGGCUCAACGAGGCCACGCUACUACCGGAGGCGUCGCUACCAUAGGCUAGCAAGAGGUCCGGAAUCCAAACAAGUAACACAUUUACUUCUUCUACCAAGCUAUGUCUCGGCUCGGCAGACUAGACGAGUACGACCCUAAGGUUCAGAACUUCGAAUCUUAUGUCGAACGAUUCGAGCAUUACGUCAGGGCAAACGAGAUAGCGGAAGCGAAGAAACUGUCUGUUUUCUUGACAGGAAUUGGUGCAGAAGCAAAUGAAAUUCUCAAAAACUUGGUUGUUCCAUUGCUACCAGGAGAUAAGACCUUCGCGGAAGUAAAGGAGCUCUUGCAAAGCCACUACAGCCCGAAGACGUCUGUAAUUGCAGAAAGGUGCAAAUUCAACCGCCGAGUGCAACUUGACCACGAAAGUGUCGAAGACUUCGUAGUAGAGUUGAAGCACCUAGCGCGCAAAUGUAACUUUGGGCCAUUUCUCCUGGACGCUCUACGCGACAGAUUGGUAGCUGGGAUCCGAAGCGAAGAAACGCAGAAGGCGUUGUUCACGGCUGACGCACUCACGUUUGAAAGGGCAUGUAAAAUAGCUCUUGAUAGCGAAUUGGCCGCGACACAAACAGCCGCAAUAAAAGCAGGAAGCCGUGCUGAGAGCAUAAACGCAGUGGAAACGAAAAAUAACGAGCAUCAGCGCAGCGACCGUGACCAAGCGAAGGGUAAAGGCUCGGCGCGAAACCAGACCAAGAAACAAAAAUGUUACCGCUGUGGCAAGACGCACGCGCCAGAACAUUGCUGGUAUAAAAACUACUCGUGCAAGCUAUGUUCAAAAGUUGGACACCUUCAAAACAUGUGUCGAACGAGCAAGACUGAGCUGAAGGCACAUGCAGUAACGGAAUCGUCAGACGAAGACGAGCACACCCUGUACAACUGCACAGUCGACUCAUCUGUGAAGAACGGUUAUGUGGUGACUGUAAACGUGGAGGGCCAGAAAGUGUCAAUGCAGGUGGACACGGGGGCCGCAGUGACAGUUGUACCUGAAAGUGUGUACAAAGAGAAGUUUGCGCAUGUGCAUUGUGAACCAACUCGGGUUGUGCUAAAGACGUACACAGGCGAGAAAAUGGAUGUUAUAGGGCAAUGCAAUGUAACCGCGACCUAUGAAGGGCAGAGUGCAGUGUUACCAAUUGUUGUUGUGAAAAACCGCGAACGCGAGUUACCUAUAUUGCUGGGAAGAACCUGGCUUAACAAGCUUCGGUUGAAUUGGAAAUCGCUUUGCAGUGUACGCAGCGAAGACAGAGUAGAUAAGAUUCGUGCAAAGUUUCCAAACGUGUUUUCGCAAUCGCUGGGUGCUAUCAGGAACUUCGAGGCGCAAAUUGUUUUGCAACCAGGUUGUACGCCGGUGUUUUGUAAAGCACGCCCGCUUCCUUUUUCUUUGCGUGAACAGGCAGAAAAACGCCUCGCUGAGCUCGAAAGCCAAGGCGUAAUCACGCCUGUGAGCAGAAGCGAUUGGGCAACUCCACUGGUUCUGGUCCCAAAGAAACAAGGUGAUCAAAUACGCCUUUGUGGUGAUUACAAAAUCACUGUAAAUCCGGUACUUAAAAUAGACCACUACCCACUGCCACAACCAGAGGAAUUGUUCACAACACUGUGUGGAGGCAAAGUAUUUUGUGUCUUAGAUUUGUCAUCGGCAUACCAACAAGUGGUACUGAGCCCAGAAUCAAGGCAUAUCCUGACGGUUAACACGCACAGGGGGCUGUAUCAAUACAACAGACUUCCUUAUGGGAUAGCCAGUGCCCCUGCUUUGUUCCAGUGCAUGAUGGAUAAGGUUUUGCUUGUUAUUCCUAAUGUUGGUUGUUAUAUUGAUGAUGUUAUAAUUGCAGGCCAGGACGUGGACGAUUGUCAAAAAACGCUCGAGCGGGUGCUAGGCAAGCUUUCGGAGCAUAACAUAACGUUAAAGCUGGAAAAAUCUGACCCAUGGCAGCAACUUCCCGACACAAGGCACCUGGCCGAGCCGCAACAACCGCCAGAUACAGAUCCCGUAGUCACCCCUACAAGACACCCGAUGGCCGCCGCAGAACCCGUGGAAUCUGCAUUACCAGAUUCUGUGCAGAGUCCAACCCCUCGGGAUUCAACCGACCCUCCGACUACGGCAACAACGACUUCACACAAGGACACAUCCCCAGCAGAGCAGAGCACAGAAGUUCCAAGCAAGCCCGAAGUCAUGCCUCGACGAAGCGGCCGUGCGCGACGUCCACCGGAUAGGUUUAGACAUGAGGACUUCAGGGAGUGAAGUGCGGACUCAAUCUAAGUGGGAAGGAAUGUCGUAGCGCAAGCUUGUGUGUGACGCCUUGUGCUAUCUAACUAUGCUCCGAUAUAGUGACGCCACAUGACCCUGUGACGUCAUAGCGUUUUCUGUAUAAGAACAAGCCGUUCUUGGCAAUAAAGCAGUUGCCUUUCUGC